CAGUUGCAGACAUAGAAUAUAUUGUCCCUCUGAGAUACCAAUGACAUUGUGAAGAAGAAAUCCCAAGCAUUCAAUCAUCAGUACCUCACUACUAUUAUAGCUUCUUAAAUUUGGAGAUGAGGAGAGACCUCUGGACUAGACAGAGACUCCAGGAUGGAAACCUUGUCUUUCCCCAGAUAUAAUGUAACUGAACUUUUGGAUCACAUUCGCAACAGAAUCUUAACAGGAGCUGAUGGUAAAAGCCUCUCCAAGAAUGACCUUUAUCCAAAUCCAAAGCCUGAAGUUUUGCACAUGAUCUUCAUGAGAGUCUUACAAAUGGUAUAUGGGGUUCGACUAGAGCACUUUUACAUGUUGCCUGUCAACUCUGAGGUGAUGUAUCCACAAAUUAUGGAAGGCUUCUUACCUGUUAGCAAUCUGUUUCUUCAUCUGGAUUCACUUAUGCCUGUUUGUCGGGUAAAUGACUUUGAGAUUGCUGAUAUUCUGUAUCCAAAAGCAAAACGGACAAGUCGGUUCUUAAGCGGCAUUAUCAACUUUAUUCACUUCCGAGAAGCCUGCCGGGAGACAUAUUUGGAGUAUUUUUGGCAAUCUAAAUCUUAUGUGGACAAAUUACAGCAGUUGGAAACUGCACAUCAAGAGGCGUUAAUGAAAUUGAAAAGACUUGAUUCUAUUCCAGCUGACAAAGAAGCAGAGUUCAAACAGCUUUUUGAUGAUGUCCAGGACCUGCAGCAGUUUUUGAAUCAGGAGUUCUACCAAAAAUCGAAAAUGCUGGAAGAGGGGAAUUCCCAAAAGAAGUCAGAUAUUUCAGAGAAAACAAAGCGUUUGAGUGAACUGAAAUUGACACUGGUUUCCUUAAAAGAACAGCAAGACAGUUUGAAAACAAAAAUUGUAGACUCUCCAGAGAAUGUCAAGAUUUGUAAAGAAAAAAUGAAAGAUACAGUACAGAAGCUUAAAAAUUCCAGGCAAGAAGUGAUGGAAAAGUAUGAAGUCUAUGGAGACUCCAUUGAGUGUCUGCCUUCAUUCCAGAAGGAGGUCCAGUUAUACCAAAAGAAAAUACAGGACCUUGCAGAUAAUCGGGAAAAAAUCAGCAGCAUCUCAAAGGAGAGCCUGAAUUUGGAGGACCAAAUUGAGAAUGCUGAGUCUGAGCUGAAGAAACUGAAAACGGAAGAAAACUCCUUCAAGAGGGUGUUGAUUGCCAAGAAGGAGAAGCUGGCUACCACCCAGUUCAGAAUCAAUAAGAAGCACGAGGAUGUCAAGCAGUAUAAGCGCACAGUCAUUGAAGACUGCAAUAAAGUUCAAGAAAAAAGAGGUGCUGUCUAUGAGCAAGUCACCACAAUCAAUCAGGAAAUUCAGAAGAUUAAAUUUGGAAUCCAACAACUAAAAGAUGCUGCUGAAAGGGAGAAACUGAAGUCUAGGGAAAUAUUUCUGAACUUGAAAACUGCUUUGGAGAAAUACCACGAAGGCAUUGAGAAGGCCACAGAGGUCGGUUGUGCUAAAAUAAUUGAGAAAACAACAGAGCUGAAGAAGAGAAUGUUCAGAAUGUCUCCCUGAUUGCUGUAAUCCCAUGUCCUUUUGCAAAUAGUGUGCUAUAUUUUAACUGUGUCUUUGGUAAGGGAGCAGUUAAAUCGAACUGCAUGGAUGCAUCAGAAACACCUAAUGUUGGUAUAACAAUUUUUUUUCAAUAGCCCAAAUAGCUUAUUUUGUAAGAUAACACAUUUAAUGUGAACUUUUCUUAACUUGUAGUUGAAACAAGACCUGUACAGCCAUUCCUGUCUCUCUCCUCUGCCUUUUUCUGUAAGCAGUGGAAUAAAACAAACAGUUGCAUCUGAAA